AUGACCAAUAUACACUUGUUCGUCUCACUGCUGCUCGUGACAUCUAUAUCUCAUGCUGGUAAGUCAUAUUCCAACUCGUUAUAACUCUAGUUCGCCGCCCCCCCUCGCCCCCCCCAAAAGGAAUUUGCAUAACAUUGUUCAGAGCGUUUACACAUGACGUCACGGUGGCUUUGUUGUUGUUCCAAACCAAUCCAGUGGUAGUUGAACGCUUUCUUUUGUUCCAAUAAUUUUGUAUUGAUACUAACCAUGUGAGCGAAAAGGCUUUAUCAUAGAUCAUAGUCGUCCCAAGAGAAAUUGACGACAAUGCCUUUAUGUUGUAUGACGGGCAAUGUGAAAAUGGUGAAUUCUUUGCAUUCUUUAUUCGAUUUUGCAUCCGAACUUCAAAUAUGAUCAGUAUGACUUCAGUCCAGAGAUAAAACCUGCGUUACAAUAUACAAUGGCCCACAAAUAGACUCUAUCUAGGUGUUAAAAAGGCUAGAAAAAAACAAAAUUUACAACUAGUAUCAUUAAAAACUAUAGCCUAGAACUAAGAAAAGACUAAUAAAAACAAAAAUUUACAACUGUUAAGAAAUAAUUAAAAAUUUAAAUAUAGAAAAGGUGAAUAAAAAACGGAUGUUUGGUAGACUACCAGCUGCCGGGCAGAAAAGAAGUUUUCCAAUGUGCUCUUUCUGACUAUUUGGAUCUGGUGUUGUUUAUAAAACCGACUUGUACAUCCCUUCUCGAUUUGAAACAAGGAAAUCGAAGAAAUUUAUCGUUAGAGACAAAGAUCACUUUAUUAAUUUUAAUUUGUUCAUUUUUCUCUAGCUUUACAUUGCCCUCAUGGUUGGACUGAGUUUCAACGUUCUUGCUACAAGGUGAUGCCGCAAACUGAAAAUUCCAAGAUAUUCGGCGGUUGGUUAAAAGCGUCACGCGCGUGUAUGGGGUAUGGAGGUUAUCUUGUUAGCAUGACAAGUGAAACGGAAAAGGAAUUUGUUCAAAAUCUGUCGUCUUCGGAUUUAAACAGCCCUCAAUCUGCUUGGAUUGGGUUGGUUCAUCGGCUUCCGAAGGGUAUAUACUCGUGGAGCGAUGGAAGUGCUUUUAAUCAUUCUUUAUCCGUCGAGUGGUAUGGAAACACAACAAGUAAGCUUAAUGGCAAUGAGACCAAAUGCGUGGAACUAUUGAGAGAUGGCUGCUGGAACCUUACUGAAUGUUGUAACAAGACCAAGUACUACAUCUGUGAAAGACCGAAAGGUGAGUUUCUUCUAAAUACGUAAAGAAAGUAACCAGGCCUAUAUAUGAGGGACAACAGUGCCAAGAAAUGUUUGCCAAAAGGAUUUGACAAAGCCAAAUGAAUUGCUCCUUUACAAUAAUGAAUUCGUUGAUGCUUGCAAAAAUCGGUAAUAAUGCAACUUUUGUAAAGAUUUUUGACUAAACAAAUUACGCGCUCAUAUGCGUUUGUAGUGCUCACUAAAUAUUUCAUCCAAUUUUCAGCCAAUGCGAAGUACUGUUCUACCGUGCUGGACAAAAACGUUUCAACAUGUUCGCUUAGUUUCUGAGCUACUGCUCUGGUUGCCUGAAUUUUAGCCGUCUUCUCGAGUUGCAAACUCCCGAAAGAGAUCCUUCUCCCUGUCUCGAACCCUACUUCCUCUCUCUUCCCGAGAGGCUCCAAUAGAAAGCGCGCGGGGGACGAUGGGAUGGUUGCGCUCUCUCUUUUUCUUUCUCCCCAGCCUCGAGGCCUCCGCGGAGGAGAGAGCCCUGCUGCCGAGGGAGACUUGAGAAAACGGCUGAAAUUCAUGAAGGCUCUGACGCCAGUUGUUCAAAGAUUAACUAACGCUAUCCCACAGAUAAUUCUCUAUCCGGUGGAUAGUGUGACUGGUUAAGUUAUCGACUACAUAGUUACAGAUUUUAUUGGGAAUAGGACGAUAAGAUCUAUGAGAAAGAUGUUUUUUCAUUCGUAACAAAGGCGGCUCGAAAGAAAAAAGUCUGAGUACUCCAAAAUGCAGUAGAACCUAUGAGCUUCUGGUUGCUAGUACAGACGCUCUACUACUGAGCUACAAGAUACUCGUGAGUGCUAAGGCCACUAAACUAGGGUCAUGUGACAAACCAGGGGCACUCAACGAAUGUUUUCUGCAAAAUAUCUCCUUGGGAGAAGCAAAUAUUGCCUAAAGUUUUCUGUUACUUGGGGACGGCUAAACAAAUUUCUAGAUGAACGUUCCAUUCAUGAACAAUUUUCUAAGCUUGUCCAAUAACUUCCCUAAGAUUUUCUGACGUUAAAUUUUUCACAUUUCACUCCCCAGGCUAGGCUAUUUUUCGUAGAUAAAAAAACCUACAAUUUCGGAUGCAAAAUGUGAUGGGGGGAGUAAUCAGAAAAAUUAGAACUCUCGAUAUACGUUAAGUCGCUUUUAAAAUUUUCGGGAAAAUAAUAUACUGAAGCCCUUGUAAUUUGGAAAGAUUUACGUUCCCCUGGGAUGAUCGAAAAGAAAAAAAUUUUUAUAGCGCCGCUUAGAAUGCACUUAUAAAGGUCUAAAAGUGUUCUGGAUAGCCAAAAAGUGUUGUCAAUGUAUUUAGGAGGAAACCGUCGUUGGGUGCCCCUGACAAACACCCUGCAUACUUCAAGGACUAUAAUCUCGGUAUGUGCUUAUACGCAAUGAUGGAUAUGUGACGGUGAAUUUUAAGCCUGGUGAAUACAUGAGAAAGAUAUUUUUCAGUCACUAGGGGACACAGGCGGCUCUGAAAAUUAAACGACAUUCAUUUGAAGCCCUUAUAUUUAAUUUGUCCUAUCCAUUAGGUCCUCUGAGUUGCUCGCUUGAUCAUGAUGAAGGACAUCUGAAUGGAUCAUCUUGCUACUAUAACCACAGCACUGUAAAAACAUGGGAAGAAGCAAAAAAGGAAUGCAUUGCUUCUGGAAGCAAUUUGGUGAAAAUAAAUAGUACUGUAAACAAAACUGACACGGGAUUCCUGACCCGCCUGUUGGACACUAUUAAUUUCAAAGAGGUAGCUGAAUUAAGUAAAAGUGACCAAAAAACAGGUAGCACUAUGAAAUAAAUAUGGAUAUAAAAAAUAUAGUAUUUGUCCAUUACUGAAUAAAGCUGAGUAUGAUAACAACAAUUAUGCAGAUCGAGGAGGGCUAUGACCCUGAUUGAAUUGGCUGGUUUUGUCCUCUAUCUCGCAAAUAUGGUAGGCUUCUGCUAAUUAUGAGAAAAUACACGAAAAAUUGAUCAGCCAAUCGGAAAUGAUGAAAUAUUUUGUAGAGGUACUAAAUGCCUCUAAAUCUUUACCUCAGUAGCAUACCCUACUGAGAACCUAUACAUGCAGAGGGUAGAGGGACGCCUUAUGACAUGUUAUAAUCAAUCAUAGACCAACUAGCAUGAAUGUGGACUCAACCGCUCUUCAAUGAUAGAAACAGGUCCUAGACAAGCUUCACAUGAUGUUCUAGGACUGCUCAUCGCUGUCAUCAGGCCCUAUUUUUUCAAAAAGUGCUUAGUGCUUAGUUAUUCACCUUUUAACACUUAGAGCCAGCCAGGGGCCAAUGAAACGUGGGUGGCUCACGGGAAAGAAACGGAAAAAAACUAUAGUUAGUACAUCAUCAUCAUCAUCAUCAUCAUCAUCAUCAUCUUUAUUAAUGAUAUAAUAGGUUAGUUGCUUUUUUUAUUUUUUUAUUUUAAAGGACAUUUGGAUCGACCAAGGAACCAAACUAUGUGGCACAGUCUCGAAGACAGAUAAUAGAAAGACAGACCGUGACUGUGGCCAAAGGCAUGCUUAUCUUUGUGAAAAGCCCGUCCCAGGUGUGAUUUCAUUAUGGUGGCACACUUCCAUUUGAAGGCCACGAAGUAGCUUUAAUUUAAAACAAAUGAGGGAAGCAAGGUCUCCUUACCAAUAUUUUUACAUAAAAUUUCAUCUCGGCCUUUUACGCCGGUCAAAAACAGCACAAAACCAACGGUAUCUUAGACUCUGCUCGGAUAAAAAGAAGAAAAAACGUUUCUGUUGCCCAUGCUUCUUAUUAUGAAAAUUCCUUUUCAAACAAUCAGUAACUUUGGUAUCUGAGGAUACUUGCUAAAAUGGCCUAUAUGGGGAGGCUCCGCCAGAAAGAGGUGCCUUUUUCAGGCUUCAGGUAUAUUAAAGGGUAGAGGUUACUCUUGUUAAAGUACAUAAAAGGUUCGGGAAAUCUUUCAUUGCGGUCCCAAGUGCAUUUUAUGGCUGUGAAAAACACUAGGAAACUGUCUGGUUUAGCGACUUGUUAAUAGCUUAAAGGCGGUACAUUUACUGCCGUUUAAAACGAUGCAGCUUUCUUAAUUGGUAUGUAAAAGGGAUGCCAUUUGUCAAUUAAAGGUAUGCGUAAGAGGUCCUUUUUUUGUCAAAAAUUAGUAUUAGGGUAAAGGGUGCCCCUCGGGGCGGAGCCUUCCCUGAUAAAAUUUUGUUGAGUACUUUCCCCUCUCCUCCCCAGGCCUUGGUAAUGUGUUAAAGUCUUUAGUCCAGAAUUAAAAAACGUUGCUUUUUUUUUUAGGUAAAGUUUGUCAUAAUAAGUGCCCAAGGAACAUGUCAUCUGUUCCCACUGAAGUCAAUUGCUCAUUUCCAGAAAGUCUCUGUUUUAAGUACAGUAGUAAGAGCGCGAAAGAUGAAAAAUUCACCGAACAAGGGUGUAUAUCAGCUGAACUAUGCAGAAAACUUGACAACCAAAAAGGCUUGGAAUGUUGCCAUGGUGAUUUGUGUAAUACAGGUGAGGUGGGAAAAGCUCAAAAUCCAUGCUCUAAUUACAGUUUGGAUGCAGUGCUCAGCAUCUAAAACCCUAUUCAGUUUGACCUCGCGUUCGGUUGUUCUGGAACCGACUGGCAACAAUAAUGUUCAUAAUAAAGUUCAAAACGCACUCUGGUUGGUUGAUAAAGCGUGCUCGAUGAGAGCCUAAAACCAGGAGCUGUUACGUCCUGCCAAUAUAGUUUGUUUUACGUCUCGUGUUCGCCCUACACAUCUUUUGUGCUCUUUCCGUUUCCUGAGUGCUUUACAGCAGAGAAAAGCACAAUCAAAGCUUCUUUAUUUGUUAAGUACAGUGAUGGAAGAUUUUAAAUUCUUUUUGGCAAAUCAGCAGUGUAUCAAUCAAAUAAAAAAAUGUCUAGGAUUAGAGAAGUUAAGAGACUUGAUGAUGUGAUUUGACAUAUAGGUUACGUCAUCCCUCUGAUUAAUGGCCGAGUCAUUAUCUUGAUGACUUCCAUCAUGUUUAAAAAGGCAGGACUAAACUGAAUCAAAAUCAACAGAUAGCAAAAUGAUUGAAAUUUUUUAAAUUGACCACCAGGGAAAUAUUACACUGAAUUUCACUAUAUAGUUAUCAGUAUUUAUUUAUUUUAUCUGAUAUUUAUCAAUGAUCUGCGACAUAUAAAAAAGGUCUUAAAAUGAAAAUAAAAAGUCCCCAAAUGUUAUCCUUUCUUAAAGGGAAAUAGCAUAUAUUUAUCAGUAAAAGUGACUAGGGUUAGUGAGUUCGGCGCAAAUUUCUAGGUCUAAUUGUUCGAAAUUGUUGUUUUUCUCCGUUUCAGAAAUAUCCUGCUAUCGAUGUGAAAACAGUUCAUCUCUUGAUGAAUGCCAAAAUAACCAAGACGACGUAGAUUGCCCCAUACCUGUUCAUUACUGCGCAAAAAUUAAGUAUGAAUCGAGAACGGGAGAGGGCAAAAUACAAACGACUUAUCGCAAGGGAUGUGUUACCAAAGACCAGUGUAAUGCUAAUGCAACCAGUGGAAGCAUUGUAGAUUGCUGCGAAGACGACAAGUGUAAUACAAGUAAGAAGAAAUUAUUUAUUAUCCUACGAAAUAGCAUACUUUUCAAUCUCGUUCCCAGGGACUUCUCGUUUUCAAAAUGGCGGCGGCAUAUUAGAAAACGAGAAGAACCUUGA